GAACUCAACAAUUUCACACAUUCGGAUAAUUUCUUCACUUUUCUCUGUUGUUGAACCGUGCCCUUCACUUCCCUCCUUGCGCGUUAACUUUCUAUUAGCCCAUUUCUACUCCUUUUGGCUUUAAAAUACGCAUUGGGCUCCCAUGUUCUAAAUUCUUUUCCUCAACUAUAAUUGUUUUCGCACACAAAAAAGGGGAAAAAAGUAGUAACAACGCAAAAAAAUUGAAAAAAGAAAAACUGUAACCCGCUCUUAACUUCCUCGCAUGCAACCGGAGCUCCGGCUCCCUUAACGGAGCCCCAGCUCAAUUAUCUCGUUUUCCCUCUCAUUUAGAUCUCUGUCCCAUUGUCACUCUGUUUUUUUUUUUUUCCCCUCAGAUCUCAGACAAAACCAAAAAUGUCGAAACCGUGGGGUGGCAUCGGCGCGUGGGCCGCGGAGGCAGAGCGAGAAGAAGCGGAGGAACGUGAAGCUGCGGAAGCCGCAGCCGCUGCGGCAGCUGCUGCGCCGAGGGCUGAAUCGCAGAGUUUUCCUAGCCUAAGGGAAGCCGUUAGCGCGAAGCCCAAGAAGAAGAAAAUGACCCUUUCGGAGUUCACCAUGGGGACAUAUUCGUCGUCCGGUGGCCUCGGUGUUGGUGCUGCCGCUAGGGUAACAGAAUACAACAGGCUGACCCACGAAGAGAUGAUGCACCUCCCGACCCGACCCAAAGAACGUUCGCCGGAGGAAAUGCAGUAUGGCCGUCUCGGAGGUGGGUUUUCAUCUUAUGGGAGGUCCGGUCCCCCCGCGGGUCGGGUUAUGCGUGACAGUGACAACAGCGACGGGUCAUGGGGCUCCGGAAGAAGACAGUAUGGAGGUUUUGGUGAAGAACGACGGGGUCCGCCUUCUAGGGUUUCUGGUUACGUUCAGCCGUCGCGUGUCGAUGAGGUGGAUAAUUGGGCAAUGGCAAAGAAAGAAGUUCCUUCGUUUGAUUCGGGGCGGCAAAAUCGAUACGGUGGGCUUGGAACUGGAGGAGGUGGUGGAAUCUCUAGGGCGGAUGAGGUUGAUAAUUGGAUGACAGGAAAACGGCAGAUUCCAGCUCGCUCUUCGACAUUUGGUUCCGGUUUUCGUGACUCUGGACCGGAGCAUGAUAGAUGGAGCCGAGGUGGUGGUGGUAGUGGAUUCAGAGAGGAAAGGCCUAGAUUAGUUUUGGAUCCACCUAGAGGAGAAGUGAAUGAACAGUUGGUUAAGACCAAUAAGCCUAAUCCUUUUGGGGCGGCGAGGCCCAGGGAAGAGGUUUUGGCGGAGAAAGGAUUGGAUUGGAGGAAGGUGGAUUCUGAGAUUGAAGCAAAAAGGGUAACUAGUAGGCCUACCAGCGCUCACUCCAGUAGGCCAUCGAGUGCACAAUCCAGCAGGUCCGAAGGUCCCCAGCCGCAAGGGAUUGAAAAUGUAGUGAAGCCGAGGCCAAAGGCCAAUCCUUUUGGAGAUGCUAAGCCUAGAGAAGUUUUGCUGGAAGAGCGAGGUCAGGAUUGGCGCAAGAUUGAUCUUGAUUUAGAACGUCGCAGUAUGGACAGACCAGAAACAGAGGAGGAAAAGAUAUUGAAAGAAGAAAUAGAUCAUCUAAAGAAGGAGCUUGAGAAAGAUUCAACAACAAAUUCAGAAUCUGCUGGGGACCAGCCCACUUUACGUGAAAAGCUACUUCACAAAGAAAGGGAAUUAGAGAUACUUAUCCGAGAUUUUGAGAACAAAGUUAGAUUUGGUCAGAAAGCUGUUGAAAGGCCUGGUUCUGGAGCUGGCAGGAUUGGCAGCUUCCCUGAUAGACCACCAUCACAGUCUGGGUCUAUUGAUGGCUCUAGAAGUGUGGAGUUCAUGGCUAGGCCUAGAUCUCGUGGUACUGCAGAUGCAUGGACAAGGCCUGGUGAUGACCGAAGAGGAUUUCAGGGAGGAUUUCAAAUUGGCAGGGAUAAAGGAUUUCUGGGAAGCAGAGAUUUGGACAGGUCAAGGUCGAGGGAGAGAUGGUGAACUGCGAUUGGCAUUGUUUUGUUAAUUCUAUCCUCUACUUUUCACCACCUGGACCAUUAGUAUUUUGUCUCCUCACUUCUUUUUAAUUGUUCUUUUUGCUCUGGUAAAGUGGAGCAAGGAUUCUUGAGUAUUGGAGCAGGGAGCUCUGCGUUAAUCUAUUGUUACAUCUUGAAAUUAUGUAAAAUUGCCUUUCCGCCACUCUUUUUUCCCCCCUUCUUUUUGCCUUUUUCUCAAAGCAAGGAGCCUGUAUUUCUUAGGACUCAAAUACAUUGUGGCAUUCAGCAGUUGAUUCUUGAGAUUCCUUUGGAAUGUUAUACAGAUGAUCUGGUAUAUUAUUCUUGAGGUUGAGGGUUGGUGAUAAUUAUUCGGACUGUAUUUUUGAAGAAAAGAGUGGUUGCAAUGAAGUAGGGUAGAAAUUGGCAUUGGCAUUCGGACUGUUUAUGAAGCGGAGAAGGGGAAGUAUAUGCCUUUUCUUAUUAUUAUUAUUUUUUUAAAAAAAAAGGCUUUUUGGCUAUAGAAAUAUAUGUGGUUUGAGAUGAUGAAAAAGCCUCUAGAAAUGACAUCACGUUAACUCUUGACACUAGAAUUGAUUUUUUUUCAAUUGUAAUUGAACUUUUUAUAUUCGGUUUCUUUAUUAUAAUCGUAAAUUUGUACAGCUCAUGAAGAAUUUAAUUUAAUAAUUGUUUUAUUUUUAAUUCAUUUUCAUCAAUCAACUGA